CUUUCCAAACCCCUUCCCAAAUCUUCACUUCACACAAAGCAUGCCAAACCCAUCUUUCCCUUCGCCAUUCUCUUCUUCUUCAUUAUACCCCUCAUCUUUUCCCAAAAUGGCGAGCAUGUCCGGUUCGCGGAGGCAGGAAAGCGGCGAGUCCACAUCACUGACGACUUGGACGACGUCGUAGACGACGAAGAGGAUGAUACUUGGAAAGAAUGGGGCAAGAAAUCCACACCCUCUUCCUAGUUUUGCAAAUUGAUACGGUGGCUGAAAUUGCUAUGAAAUGGACCAAAGUUCUGAGAACUGGAGCUCUUGGGGUAAGAUUCAUGGGUGUUGAUCUAAACACAAUCAUGUUCAACAUGGAACAAGGCCAAGACAUGACAGAGUUCAAGGAGUUUGUGUUGAACCAACUAGAAGCCUAUGAAAUGAAGAUCGGCGAUCAAGUUUUUCGAAGACCUGGAGAUCCUCCGUUGGAGGAAGUUGUGGAGAAACUCCAGAAUGAGAAAAAGAGAGUGGAGAAUGAGAGUCCAGCAGAGAGCAAUAGGCAUUUGAAAGAGGAAUUGUAGUUAUGCCGGUAAGUUUUCUGACAUGUGAAAAGUUGUUAUUUACUAUUUGUUAAAGUUGUUUAGUUUUAGUUGAAAUAAACCUUGUUAUAAGGAAGUAGAUAAGGUUUGAAUUUUUCUUUAGGAGGAUCCCUUUACUUCAGGGACUGUUAGUCAUGGGAUUAGUCAUGGGGACGUGUUCCUCUGCUU